AUGCGACUCUUUAAGAAGAACAAGUCGCCGACAAAUCAUCCAGUGCGAAGCGCCGAACAACUGGUCCCCGCGUUGGCUCCACACCCCGACCCCGUUGACGACCGGCGCUAUUCACAAUUCGAGUACCAGGCGCCUAGCCAGUCUCGUUCGAAUACACAGUCUCUGAGCCGAUCCCAGAGCCAGCGUCAGUCAAAGUCCCUGCGCGACCGACCGACUGUCAACGUUGUCCCGGACGAUCGGCGCGAUAAGGGUCUGCCAGUGCGACCAUCAUCUGGUGUCGAACGCAGCGUUUCUAUCAGGGGCAAGACCAUUUCCAAUCCUGUUUCGCAGCCUGCAUCACCCCGAGUCUCACAUCCAGACACUCUGAACGAGACCGACGAGUUCCCGCCCCAGCAUUCCUACUCGGAGAACCCCUCACCCGUCACCGCACCGCAAUCCUUUGAGCCGCGCUCUGCAUCUCUGGCCUACCAACACACUCGAGGCCCCCGUCCCUCUCAUCCAGCACAUACUCAGGAAAAUCACGAGCGGUCGCAGCUGAAGCCCGUGAAACCCCCGCUUUAUACCCAGCCCCUCCGGGCCAGCGACACAACAGAUCAGCAGUACACGCGCCCUUCGCCGACCGACAUCCCAGAGUCUCCCUACCUGGAGAAAAACCGGAGCUUCACUCCCCAGGACCCGGUAAUGACUACCCGGCUCCCAUCCCGGACUCUCGAGCCGCUUUCCCCCGUCCAGUCCCGUUAUCCUGACGCCAUGCAGUCCCAGGCACAGGGCCAAUCUCCAUUCCAGCCGGACAAACAAUCUGCAGGUUCCCCGCAGGAUUCAAGCCGGCGGGGUAGUGUGUCCAAUAUGCCCAAGAACGGACGGAUCACACCCACCCCAACACACCGCCGCGAGGAUUCCGGGGAUAUCGAUGUCCGGGCCCUGAUUCAAAAACACGAUGAGCUUCAGGCUAAAUACUCCAAGGUAAAGAGGUAUUACUUCGAAAAGGAUGCGCAGGUCCAGCACCUCCAAAACACGGUAGCACACCAGCGGAUGGCAGUGUCGCGUACCGUUCUGGACGAUAACGAGUACACCAAUCGAUUUCAGCGAUUAGAUGGGGCAAUCAAGGACCUGGCAUUCUCGGUGCGCAAAGACUGGCGCAAUAUACCAUCCUGGCUCAACGGGAUGGUCAGCGACGAGGCAAUUUCCACCGUGACCAAGGAAAUGACACCGGUCGGACGAGCAAUUAUCAGCCGAUGGCUAGUAGAAGAAGUCUUCCAGCGUCACUUCCACCCGGCCCUGGAGCCCGGCUUCAGCACCCAGCUCAAGAGCAUCGAGAUGAACCUCCGGCGCCAACGCCCAACCUCAGACGAGGAACGCGAAAAUGCCUCCGCUAGACUCUCUUACUGGCGCCGCACAACUUUCGACGGCCUCAGCGAUAGUCUAGUCGGCCCCGAAGCUGAUGGGUACCGUGGCGAUCUGGUUGAACAUCUGAUUGUGGAGCUCGCAGCCUUCAUGGGGUCGCAGCUCCAUGAACGCGCCCACCCAGGCCUAGAAGCUGGCGUGCGGAUGAUCGUCGAAAACUCCAUCAACAUCAUCGAGAAAAUACCCCUUGAAGCGCGCGAUGUCUGCGUUGAUUAUUUCCCGCCCGGCGUCUCCUUCGCAGACCAAUACAUGAAGAUCGAAGGCCAACUACCAGCCCUCAACCACCCGCCUCCCCUUGAAACAGAGGAGGAAGCAGAGGAGCCCAGCACCGCAAUCGAGAGCCCCUCUCCUGCACAGGCGAAGUCGAGAAAGUCGGUAUUUGGAGCCCUGAUGGGCCGCAAAGUUGCUGCUAGUGAUACUCGCCCGACGGCAGGGGAGAAAGAGGUGGAAGCUGGCCCGCCGCGGAUCCGCUAUGCGGCUUUCUUGGCCGUCGAGGUACGUGGCAAGGGGCCAGCGACAGUGCUCAUCAAGUCGCCUGUCUGGUUGGUUGAGUAA